AUGAUUUCCACAUCAACACCCCAAAACACUACAAUGCUUCCAACAACCACGACUGUAUCUCCCACAGCCGUAACACUAAUUCGAACAUCAACUAAUGCUCCAACAGAAAUGCAAAUUGUGGUAUCCACAACAACACCCCUGACCACUACAACAUUUCCAACAACCUCAACCACAGCUCCAAUAACCACAACAGUGUCUCCUACAACCACAACUCCUAUUCCAACAACAACAAGUGAUCUAAACAGCACAACUUUGCCUUCCACAACAACACUUCCAACAGCUAUGACUGAGGCUCCCACAACAACAACAAAUGCUCCAAUCACAUCACCUAUUCCAACAACAGCAAAAACAAAUGCUCCAACAAGCACAACUGUGACAUCCACAACAAAACCCCCAACUACUACAACACUUUCAACAACCACAACCACAGUUCAGACUAAAACUGAGACAAAACAUGCACCAACCACAGCUGCAAUAACGACAAAUGUUUCUGCAACAAGUACAACAUUGGCUUCCAUAACAUCACCCCCUACAAUUACUACAUUUCCAAUGACCACAACCACAGCUCAGACUACUGCAACUACAACAAAUGCACCAAUCACAACUCCAAAAAUAACAACUGUUGCUCCCUCAAGCACAUCUGUGGCUUCUACAACAAAUCCCCCGACCACAAUAACACUUUCAACAACCACAACUGAGGCUCCCAUAACAACAGCACAUAUUCCAACAACAACUAAUGCUCCAACCACAAUGCAAUUUUCAAAAACAUCAACUCUUGCUUCAACAACCUCAACACUUCCAACAACUGCACCUACAACAAGCAUAACUUUGGCUUCCACAACAACCACUCCAACCAUUACAACAAUACCAACAACCACAGCUCCAACAAGUACAUCUGUGGGUUCCACAACCACUCCUUCAACAUCAACGACACUUCCAACAACCAGAACCUUAGCUCCAAAAAGCACGACUAAUGCACUGAUGACAACAAUACAAACACCCCCGACCACUAAAACACUUCCAAUAACCACGACCUCAGCUUCUACAAGCACAACUGAGAUGCCAAUAGCAAAAACGCAAAUUCAUACUACAACAACAGUUUCUCCAACGGUGGCUUCCAUAGCAACAUCUAGUGCCCCUACGAGCUCUUCAAACCAAGUAUUUGGUUCAGCUUUGGUGACAAGCAAACUGCUGUUCAACUCUUCAUCACCAGUCCCAAGUGAAGAACUAGUCCUCCGUGCAGUCACCAAUCUCCUGAGCUCCAGACAGUCACAGCUCAGCAAAUCAGUGGAGGUGGUAAACAUCACCUACAAGAAAGUCUCAGAAACCUCCUACGUAGUCAUCUUUACAUUUAACGUGAUGAACAUCACCAUGCCAGAGGAUCCUGAUCUAAGGAGCAGCACUUACCAACAAGUGAAGGAUGCUAUCAAUAAUGUGCUGAACACUCUUCUGAAUGAUCCUCACAGCCUGAUCUUGGCACCCAUAUCAUCCAAUUUCAUGAGCACAUCAAACCAAAUCAGAGGCAGUAUGGAAUACUCAUUCCAUGAUGGAGAUCUCAUACAACCAGUCAGCUUCCUCAAUGAACUUCAUCAACUGAUGGGCUUUACCACUACACCAACAUCUUCUGUGAUAACAUCUAACGCCCCUGUGAGCUCUUCAAACCAAGUAUUUGGUUCAGCUUUGGUGACAAGCAAACUGCUGUUCAACUCUUCAUCACCAGUCCCAAGUGAAGAACUAGUCCUCCGUGCAGUCACCAAUCUCCUGAGCUCCAGACAGUCACAGCUCAGCAAAUCAGUGGAGGUGGUAAACAUCACCUACGAGAAAGUCUCAGAAACCUCCUACGUAGUCAUCUUUACAUUUAACGUGAUGAACAUCACCAUGCCAGAGGAUCCUGAUCUAAGGAGCAGCACUUACCAACAAGUGAAGGAUGCUAUCAAUAAUGUGCUGAACACUCUUCUGAAUGAUCCUCACAGCCUGAUCUUGGCCCCCAUAUCAUCCAAUUUCAUGAGCACAUCAAACCAAAUCAGUGGCAGUAUGGAAUACUCAUUCCAUGAUGGAGAUCUCAUACAACCAGUCAGCUUCCUCAAUGAACUUCAUCAACUGAUGGGCUUUACCACUACACCAACAUCUUCUGUGAUAACAUCUAACGCCCCUGUGAGCUCUUCAAACCAAGUAUUUGGUUCAGCUUUGGUGACAAGCAAACUGCUGUUCAACUCUUCAUCACCAGUCCCAAGUGAAGAACUAGUCCUCCGUGCAGUCACCAAUCUCCUGAAAUCCAGACAGUCACAGCUCAGCAAAUCAGUGGAGGUGGUAAACAUCACCUACGAGAAAAUCUCAGAAACCUCCUACGUAGUCAUCUUUACAUUUAACGUGAUGAACAUCACCAUGCCAGAGGAUCCUGAUCUAAGGAGCAGCACUUACCAACAAGUGAAGGAUGCUAUCAAUAAUGUGCUGAACACUCUUCUGAAUGAUCCUCACAGCCUGAUCUUGGCACCCAUAUCAUCCAAUUUCAUGAGCACAUCAAACCAAAUCAGUGGCAGUAUGGAAUACUCAUUCCAUGAUGGAGAUCUCAUACAACCAGUCAGCUUCCUCAAUGAACUUCAUCAACUGAUGGGCUUUACCACUACACCAACAUUUUCUGUGAUAACAUCUAACGCCCCUGUGAGCUCUUCAAACCAAGUAUUUGGUUCAGCUUUGGUGACAAGCAAACUGCUGUUCAACUCUUCAUCACCAGUCCCAAGUGAAGAACUAGUCCUCCGUGCAGUCACCAAUCUCCUGAAAUCCAGACAGUCACAGCUCAGCAAAUCAGUGGAGGUAGUAAACAUCACCUACGAGAAAAUCUCAGAAACCUCCUACGUAGUCAUCUUUACAUUUAACGUGAUGAACAUCACCAUGCCAGAGGAUCCUGAUCUAAGGAGCAGCACUUACCAACAAGUGAAGGAUGCUAUCAAUAAUGUGCUGAACACCCUUCUGAAUGAACCUCACAGCCUGAUCUUGGCACCCAUAUCAUCCAAUUUCAUGAGCACAUCAAACCAAAUCAGUGGCAGUAUGGAAUACUCAUUCCAUGAUGGAGAUCUCAUACAACCAGUCAGCUUCCUCAAUGAACUUCAUCAACUGAUGGGCUUUACCACUACACCAACAUCUUCUGUGAUAACAUCUAACACCCCUGUGAGUUCUUCAAACCAAGUAUUUGGUUCAGCUUUGGUGACAAGCAAACUGCUGUUCAACUCUUCAUCACCAGUCCCAAGUGAAGAACUAGUCCUCCGUGCAGUCACCAAUCUCCUGAAAUCCAGACAGUCACAGCUCAGCAAAUCAGUGGAGGUGGUAAACAUCACCUACGAGAAAAUCUCAGAAACCUCCUACGUAGUCAUCUUUACAUUUAACGUGAUGAACAUCUCCAUGCCAGAGGAUCCUGAUCUAAGGAGCAGCACUUACCAACAAGUGAAGGAUGCUAUCAAUAAUGUGCUGAACACUCUUCUGAAUGAUCCUCACAGCCUGAUCUUGGCACCCAUAUCAUCCAAUUUCAUGAGCACAUCAAACCAAAUCAGUGGCAGUAUGGAAUACUCAUUCCAUGAUGGAGAUCUCAUACAACCAGUCAGCUUCCUCAAUGAACUUCAUCAACUGAUGGGCUUUACCACUACACCAACAUCUUCUGUGAUAACAUCUAACGCCCCUGUGAGCUCUUCAAACCAAGUAUUUGGUUCAGCUUUGGUGACAAGCAAACUGCUGUUCAACUCUUCAUCACCAGUCCCAAGUGAAGAACUAGUCCUCCGUGCAGUCACCAAUCUCCUGAAAUCCAGACAGUCACAGCUCAGCAAAUCAGUGGAGGUGGCAAACAUCACCUACGAGAAAAUCUCAGAAACCUCCUACGUAGUCAUCUUUACAUUUAACGUGAUGAACAUCUCCAUGCCAGAGGAUCCUGAUCUAAGGAGCAGCACUUACCAACAAGUGAAGGAUGCUAUCAAUAAUGUGCUGAACACUCUUCUGAAUGAUCCUCACAGCCUGAUCUUGGCACCCAUAUCAUCCAAUUUCAUGAGCACAUCAAACCAAAUCAGUGGCAGUAUGGAAUACUCAUUCCAUGAUGGAGAUCUCAUACAACCAGUCAGCUUCCUCAAUGAACUUCAUCAACUGAUGGGCUUUACCACUACACCAACAUUUUCUGUGAUAACAUCUAACGCCCCUGUGAGCUCUUCAAACCAAGUAUUUGGUUCAGCUUUGGUGACAAGCAAACUGCUGUUCAACUCUUCAUCACCAGUCCCAAGUGAAGAACUAGUCCUCCGUGCAGUCACCAAUCUCCUGAAAUCCAGACAGUCACAGCUCAGCAAAUCAGUGGAGGUGGCAAACAUCACCUACGAGAAAAUCUCAGAAACCUCCUACGUAGUCAUCUUUACAUUUAACGUGAUGAACAUCACCAUGCCAGAGGAUCCUGAUCUAAGCAGCAGCACUUACCAACAAGUGAAGGAUGCUAUCAAUAAUGUGCUGAACAUCCUUCUGAAUGAUCCUCACAGCCUGAUCUUGGCACCCAUAUCAUCCAAUUUCAUGAGCACAUCAAACCAAAUCAGUGGCAGUAUGGAAUACUCAUUCCAUGAUGGAGAUCUCAUACAACCAGUCAGCUUCCUCAAUGAACUUCAUCAACUGAUGGGCUUUACCACUACACCAACAUUUUCUGUGAUAACAUCUAACGCCCCUGUGAGCUCUUCAAACCAAGUAUUUGGUUCAGCUUUGGUGACAAGCAAACUGCUGUUCAACUCUUCAUCACCAGUCCCAAGUGAAGAACUAGUCCUCCGUGCAGUCACCAAUCUCUUGAAAUCCAGACAGUCACAGCUCAGCAAAUCAGUGGAGGUGGUAAACAUCACCUACGAGAAAAUCUCAGAAACCUCCUACGUAGUCAUCUUUACAUUUAACGUGAUGAACAUCACCAUGCCAGAGGAUCCUGAUCUAAGGAGCAGCACUUACCAACAAGUGAAGGAUGCUAUCAAUAAUGUGCUGAACACUCUUCUGAAUGAUCCUCACAGCCUGAUCUUGGCACCCAUAUCAUCCAAUUUCAUGAGCACAUCAAACCAAAUCAGUGGCAGUAUGGAAUACUCAUUCCAUGAUGGAGAUCUCAUACAACCAGUCAGCUUCCUCAAUGAACUUCAUCAACUGAUGGGCUUUACCACUACACCAACAUCUUCUGUGAUAACAUCUAACGCCCCUGUGAGCUCUUCAAACCAAGUAUUUGGUUCAGCUUUGGUGACAAGCAAACUGCUGUUCAACUCUUCAUCACCAGUCCCAAGUGAAGAACUAGUCCUCCGUGCAGUCACCAAUCUCCUGAAAUCCAGACAGUCACAGCUCAGCAAAUCAGUGGAGGUGGUAAACAUCACCUACGAGAAAAUCUCAGAAACCUCCUACGUAGUCAUCUUUACAUUUAACGUGAUGAACAUCACCAUGCCAGAGGAUCCUGAUCUAAGGAGCAGCACUUACCAACAAGUGAAGGAUGCUAUCAAUAAUGUGCUGAACACUCUUCUGAAUGAUCCUCACAGCCUGAUCUUGGCACCCAUAUCAUCCAAUUUCAUGAGCACAUCAAACCAAAUCAGUGGCAGUAUGGAAUACUCAUUCCAUGAUGGAGAUCUCAUACAACCAGUCAGCUUCCUCAAUGAACUUCAUCAACUGAUGGGCUUUACCACUACACCAACAUCUUCUGUGAUAACAUCUAACGCCCCUGUGAGCUCUUCAAACCAAGUAUUUGGUUCAGCUUUGGUGACAAGCAAACUGCUGUUCAACUCUUCAUCACCAGUCCCAAGUGAAGAACUAGUCCUCCGUGCAGUCACCAAUCUCCUGAAAUCCAGACAGUCACAGCUCAGCAAAUCAGUGGAGGUGGUAAACAUCACCUACGAGAAAAUCUCAGAAACCUCCUACGUAGUCAUCUUUACAUUUAACGUGAUGAACAUCACCAUGCCAGAGGAUCCUGAUCUAAGGAGCAGCACUUACCAACAAGUGAAGGAUGCUAUCAAUAAUGUGCUGAACACUCUUCUGAAUGAUCCUCACAGCCUGAUCUUGGCACCCAUAUCAUCCAAUUUCAUGAGCACAUCAAACCAAAUCAGUGGCAGUAUGGAAUACUCAUUCCAUGAUGGAGAUCUCAUACAACCAGUCAGCUUCCUCAAUGAACUUCAUCAACUGAUGGGCUUUACCACUACACCAACAUCUUCUGUGAUAACAUCUAACGCCCCUGUGAGCUCUUCAAACCAAGUAUUUGGUUCAGCUUUGGUGACAAGCAAACUGCUGUUCAACUCUUCAUCACCAGUCCCAAGUGAAGAACUAGUCCUCCGUGCAGUCACCAAUCUCCUGAAAUCCAGACAGUCACAGCUCAGCAAAUCAGUGGAGGUGGUAAACAUCACCUACGAGAAAAUCUCAGAAACCUCCUACGUAGUCAUCUUUACAUUUAACGUGAUGAACAUCACCAUGCCAGAGGAUCCUGAUCUAAGGAGCAGCACUUACCAACAAGUGAAGGAUGCUAUCAAUAAUGUGCUCUUUACUAAAAGCUUUACUGGCUAUUCCUGCAGGAGCACAUCAAACCAAAUCAGUGGCAGUAUGGAAUACUCAUUCCAUGAUGGAGAUCUCAUACAACCAGUCAGCUUCCUCAAUGAACUUCAUCAACUGAUGGGCUUUACCACUACACCAACAUCUUCUGUGAUAACAUCUAACGCCCCUGUGAGCUCUUCAAACCAAGUAUUUGGUUCAGCUUUGGUGACAAGCAAACUGCUGUUCAACUCUUCAUCACCAGUCCCAAGUGAAGAACUAGUCCUCCGUGCAGUCACCAAUCUCUUGAACUCCAGACAGUCACAGCUCAGCAAAUCAGUGGAGGUGGUAAACAUCACCUACGAGAAAAUCUCAGAAACCUCCUACGUAGUCAUCUUUACAUUUAACGUGAUGAACAUCACCAUGCCAGAGGAUCCUGAUCUAAGGAGCAGCACUUACCAACAAGUGAAGGAUGCUAUCAAUAAUGUGCUGAACACUCUUCUGAAUGAUCCUCACAGCCUGAUCUUGGCACCCAUAUCAUCCAACUUCAUGAGCACAUCAAACCAAAUCAGUGGCAGUAUGGAAUACUCAUUCCAUGAUGGAGAUCUCAUACAACCAGUCAGCUUCCUCAAUGAACUUCAUCAACUGAUGGGCUUUACCACUACACCAACAUCUUCUGUGAUAACAUCUAACGCCCCUGUGAGCUCUUCAAACCAAGUAUUUGGUUCAGCUUUGGUGACAAGCAAACUGCUGUUCAACUCUUCAUCACCAGUCCCAAGUGAAGAACUAGUCCUCCGUGCAGUCACCAAUCUCCUGAAAUCCAGACAGUCACAGCUCAGCAAAUCAGUGGAGGUGGUAAACAUCACCUACGAGAAAAUCUCAGAAACCUCCUACGUAGUCAUCUUUACAUUUAACGUGAUGAACAUCACCAUGCCAGAGGAUCCUGAUCUAAGGAGCAGCACUUACCAACAAGUGAAGGAUGCUAUCAAUAAUGUGCUGAACACUCUUCUGAAUGAUCCUCACAGCCUGAUCUUGGCACCCAUAUCAUCCAAUUUCAUGAGCACAUCAAACCAAAUCAGUGGCAGUAUGGAAUACUCAUUCCAUGAUGGAGAUCUCAUACAACCAGUCAGCUUCCUCAAUGAACUUCAUCAACUGAUGGGCUUUACCACUACACCAACAUCUUCUGUGAUAACAUCUAACGCCCCUGUGAGCUCUUCAAACCAAGUAUUUGGUUCAGCUUUGGUGACAAGCAAACUGCUGUUCAACUCUUCAUCACCAGUCCCAAGUGAAGAACUAGUCCUCCGUGCAGUCACCAAUCUCCUGAAAUCCAGACAGUCACAGCUCAGCAAAUCAGUGGAGGUGGUAAACAUCACCUACGAGAAAAUCUCAGAAACCUCCUACGUAGUCAUCUUUACAUUUAACGUGAUGAACAUCUCCAUGCCAGAGGAUCCUGAUCUAAGGAGCAGCACUUACCAACAAGUGAAGGAUGCUAUCAAUAAUGUGCUGAACACUCUUCUGAAUGAUCCUCACAGCCUGAUCUUGGCACCCAUAUCAUCCAAUUUCAUGAGCACAUCAAACCAAAUCAGUGGCAGUAUGGAAUACUCAUUCCAUGAUGGAGAUCUCAUACAACCAGUCAGCUUCCUCAAUGAACUUCAUCAACUGAUGGGCUUUACCACUACACCAACAUCUUCUGUGAUAACAUCUAACGCCCCUGUGAGCUCUUCAAACCAAGUAUUUGGUUCAGCUUUGGUGACAAGCAAACUGCUGUUCAACUCUUCAUCACCAGUCCCAAGUGAAGAACUAGUCCUCCGUGCAGUCACCAAUCUCCUGAAAUCCAGACAGUCACAGCUCAGCAAAUCAGUGGAGGUGGUAAACAUCACCUACGAGAAAAUCUCAGAAACCUCCUACGUAGUCAUCUUUACAUUUAACGUGAUGAACAUCUCCAUGCCAGAGGAUCCUGAUCUAAGGAGCAGCACUUACCAACAAGUGAAGGAUGCUAUCAAUAAUGUGCUGAACACUCUUCUGAAUGAUCCUCACAGCCUGAUCUUGGCACCCAUAUCAUCCAAUUUCAUGAGCACAUCAAACCAAAUCAGUGGCAGUAUGGAAUACUCAUUCCAUGAUGGAGAUCUCAUACAACCAGUCAGCUUCCUCAAUGAACUUCAUCAACUGAUGGGCUUUACCACUACACCAACAUCUUCUGUGAUAACAUCUAACGCCCCUGUGAGCUCUUCAAACCAAGUAUUUGGUUCAGCUUUGGUGACAAGCAAACUGCUGUUCAACUCUUCAUCACCAGUCCCAAGUGAAGAACUAGUCCUCCGUGCAGUCACCAAUCUCCUGAAAUCCAGACAGUCACAGCUCAGCAAAUCAGUGGAGGUGGUAAACAUCACCUACGAGAAAAUCUCAGAAACCUCCUACGUAGUCAUCUUUACAUUUAACGUGAUGAACAUCACCAUGCCAGAGGAUCCUGAUCUAAGGAGCAGCACUUACCAACAAGUGAAGGAUGCUAUCAAUAAUGUGCUGAACACUCUUCUGAAUGAUCCUCACAGCCUGAUCUUGGCACCCAUAUCAUCCAAUUUCAUGAGCACAUCAAACCAAAUCAGUGGCAGUAUGGAAUACUCAUUCCAUGAUGGAGAUCUCAUACAACCAGUCAGCUUCCUCAAUGAACUUCAUCAACUGAUGGGCUUUACCACUACACCAACAUCUUCUGUGAUAACAUCUAACGCCCCUGUGAGCUCUUCAAACCAAGUAUUUGGUUCAGCUUUGGUGACAAGCAAACUGCUGUUCAACUCUUCAUCACCAGUCCCAAGUGAAGAACUAGUCCUCCGUGCAGUCACCAAUCUCCUGAAAUCCAGACAGUCACAGCUCAGCAAAUCAGUGGAGGUGGUAAACAUCACCUACGAGAAAAUCUCAGAAACCUCCUACGUAGUCAUCUUUACAUUUAACGUGAUGAACAUCACCAUGCCAGAGGAUCCUGAUCUAAGGAGCAGCACUUACCAACAAGUGAAGGAUGCUAUCAAUAAUGUGCUGAACACUCUUCUGAAUGAUCCUCACAGCCUGAUCUUGGCACCCAUAUCAUCCAAUUUCAUGAGCACAUCAAACCAAAUCAGUGGCAGUAUGGAAUACUCAUUCCAUGAUGGAGAUCUCAUACAACCAGUCAGCUUCCUCAAUGAACUUCAUCAACUGAUGGGCUUUACCACUACACCAACAUCUUCUGUGAUAACAUCUAACGCCCCUGUGAGCUCUUCAAACCAAGUAUUUGGUUCAGCUUUGGUGACAAGCAAACUGCUGUUCAACUCUUCAUCACCAGUCCCAAGUGAAGAACUAGUCCUCCGUGCAGUCACCAAUCUCCUGAAAUCCAGACAGUCACAGCUCAGCAAAUCAGUGGAGGUGGUAAACAUCACCUACGAGAAAAUCUCAGAAACCUCCUACGUAGUCAUCUUUACAUUUAACGUGAUGAACAUCACCAUGCCAGAGGAUCCUGAUCUAAGGAGCAGCACUUACCAACAAGUGAAGGAUGCUAUCAAUAAUGUGCUGAACACUCUUCUGAAUGAUCCUCACAGCCUGAUCUUGGCACCCAUAUCAUCCAAUUUCAUGAGCACAUCAAACCAAAUCAGUGGCAGUAUGGAAUACUCAUUCCAUGAUGGAGAUCUCAUACAACCAGUCAGCUUCCUCAAUGAACUUCAUCAACUGAUGGGCUUUACCACUACACCAACAUCUUCUGUGAUAACAUCUAACGCCCCUGUGAGCUCUUCAAACCAAGUAUUUGGUUCAGCUUUGGUGACAAGCAAACUGCUGUUCAACUCUUCAUCACCAGUCCCAAGUGAAGAACUAGUCCUCCGUGCAGUCACCAAUCUCCUGAAAUCCAGACAGUCACAGCUCAGCAAAUCAGUGGAGGUAGUAAACAUCACCUACGAGAAAAUCUCAGAAACCUCCUACGUAGUCAUCUUUACAUUUAACGUGAUGAACAUCACCAUGCCAGAGGAUCCUGAUCUAAGGAGCAGCACUUACCAACAAGUGAAGGAUGCUAUCAAUAAUGUGCUGAACACUCUUCUGAAUGAUCCUCACAGCCUGAUCUUGGCACCCAUAUUAUCCAAUUUCAUGAGCACAUCAAACCAAAUCAGUGGCAGUAUGGAAUACUCAUUCCAUGAUGGAGAUCUCAUACAACCAGUCAGCUUCCUCAAUGAACUUCAUCAACUGAUGG